GCUAAAUAUAGGCCAAAAUAUGCAUAAACAUACGGGGUAUAUCUGUAAAUGACUGUAUUUUAUACAGCAGUAGGUUAUUAUGGUUUUCUUACUGAAUGUUGUGGGGAAUACAAAUCCCACAAAUCACUGUUAUCGAUGUGAUACCAUUUCCGGUCUCUUCUGAAGCACCAGUCGUAAUAUACUGGUUGACAAAAAAAAUGAAUCGGUCCUUCGCUUUACCUCGUCAGUCGUGGUCGGGAAAUUAAAGUUUUGAUUUUACUAACUUUAUUUCGGCGUUUAUUGGACUACAUUGAAUACGCCACUAAGACCAACAAAACUGGGUUUCUACUCUGACUUUGCAGUCUCUGUUAAUUCACUUUAAUUAGUGAUGGAAAACAAGCGUUGCUUUGAGAACCGCUAUGCCGAUUAUACUGGAGCUUUGCUCUCGGGACAGGGUAACGAAGCGAUAGUGCCUGUUGUCAUCGCAAGUAUAGAGAAGAUCAUGAAGAAGGUACCACUUGACUCAAGUGAAUGCGACGGCGGUUUAUAUGAUGGUCCAGCCGGUGUGGCAUACAUGCUGUACUAUGUCUCAGAAUGCCCUUUAUUUUCUAAGCAAAGAGACACGUACCUGAAAAACGCGAAACAGAUCAUUGACGUGUCGGUGAAGUAUGUGGAUAGGGAGCAGGACACAAACAUGCGCGCUGCGUUCCUGCUCGGCGGAGCCGGGAUCUACGCCGUGGCUGCCAUGGUCUACAAAGCCAUGGGCUUGUCGGACUUCGUCAAGCCCCUGACAAAAUUUCGAAACCUAUGGGAGGUGUGUGCGCCCAUCAGUUUCCUCGAGUGCGGCUCGGACGAGCUGUUCGUGGGGAGAGCAGGAUACCUGUGCGCCGCUCUAGUGCUGAAACAGAGGCUUGGCAUAGAGAUACUAAGUCCAGAACAAAUAAAAGCUAUCUGCCAUGCUAUUAUCGACUCUGGUAAGCAGUACGCAAGAAAGAAGAGGAAACCAUUUCCUCUCAUGUAUUCAUAUUAUGGAACUGAAUAUUUGGGUGCUGCCCACGGCCUCUCCUCCAUCCUGCAGAUGCUGCUGUCUUACCAGGAAGUGUUGUCGUCGGGGGAGAAGGAGCUGGUGUGGCAGAGCGUGGACUUCCUGAUGAAUCAGGAGCAGAGCUGCAACUGGCCAGCCGAGCUGGGCGCCAUAAUCCAGCGGGAGAAUGAGCUGGUACACUGGUGCCACGGAGCCCCGGGCGUCGCCUACCUAUUCGCCAAGGCCUAUCUGAUCAACAAGAGGCCACAGUACUUGGACACUUGCAUCCGAAGUGGCGAGCUAGUGUGGCAGAAGGGUCUGCUGAAAAAGGGCCCUGGGAUCUGUCACGGCGUCGCUGGGAGUGCCUACGUCUUUCUGCUCCUCUACCGGCUCACGGGAAACUCCAAAUACAUUUACCGCGCGCAGAGGUUUGCAGAGUUCCUGUUCAGUGAUGAGUUCAAGAUCGGCUCCAGUUCCAUGAAUCGCAUUUACAGUCUUUUCGAGGGUCUCUCUGGUACGGUCUGUUUCCUCGUGGAUGUCCUCCACCCUGACAAAUCAGAGUUCCCUCUCUUCAGCGUCUUCGUCUAGAUCGCGGCGGGAGUGAUCAGGAGAUGUGAACCGUCGUGUUGAGCUUAAGUCAAUGUUAGAGAACUGCCGACUUUUUAGAGCUGUUUCACUGUCUUAGUGGCUGUAGUUGCUUGACGUUGCCACAGUAAGAAACAUAAUGAGGGUGUUUUGAAGCAACUGUGAUUUUAUAAAAAUGUUUUUCCAGUCUUAGCGCUUAGGCUGUGUACAUGGACCUGCUUAGCAGCAUCUCCAGUUACCUUCAAGUGCCCAACAGCAGAGGGCGCUUUGGGAAAUAAGAGCAGCUGCUCUCCAUUAUGUAGCUCAGUGCUAUUUGGCUACGACCCUCCGAAUGCAUUUAAAUUGGCUUCCUAUGCAGCAUGGGGCAGUUUUGGAAAAUUACAGAAUUUGAUUUUGAUAUUUAAGUCUGGAUAAGUAUGGGAAAAGGUAAGGAAGUAUGCAAAUAUUUUGGUGACUGUUGCAAUGAAUUGUUCCAGACUGUCAGAAAAAAAGAGUACUAAUGCCAUCGGAGGGUAAAGAGAGAGAAUCCUUUGUGAGGACACUGAACUACUAACCUGCCGGUGCCAGGUGUCAACUCCCCCCCCCCCCCCCAUACAGUCUGGAAAAGUAUGCCAUAUAAAAAUGGCAAAUGUGUAGGAACCCUGUUUAAUAUAACACCUAAUUAUCACAAGGUACACCUUGCCCACAGUGUCUUGAAGACCCCAAAUGAACUGUGACAGACUCACGUUUUGGACUGACUCACAGUGAAUCCUGUGCUGACCCUCCAAGACCCCCAAGCUGUGAAAUAAGACAUUAAUGCACCGUUGAUGCGACCAAAAGAAUGGAAGAGGUAGUGUUGGUACACGUCCGUGAGUCUUCUCCAAGUGUGUCACUGCAGAUAAUGUUUAUGCAGCUAUCCUGGAUAGUGCAGUAAGUGGGCCUGGAUCAAGAAGCCAGAUUUGCUGGUUAACUAGAUAACUUACUGCAUUUAUGGUAGCCCAGUUUAAAUGGACUUUAUCUUUGUGUACUAACACAGAACCCAGGCCCAUAAAUCCAGCAUAUCCUGCCAACCCUAAAAUUCAGCUUUGUGAUACGAGCUCAGUGUCUUUUUAAAAAGGGUUUUGGUAUUACUUAAAUAGCCGCAGGGUCAUUUUUCAGAUAAAAUUCACAUUAUAAAAUAUUUGUAUGCAGUUAGGUUUUCAGUUUAAGUAGAGCUACAGGGUUACAUAAAGCAAUUUCUAUCUAUUAGGCAGAAUGCUUUAUAACAGGCCACAAUGAUUUUUAAAUAUUGUGUUCUACAAUUCACAAAUAUAUAUUUAAAUUAUUUGUUAUUAGUUUAUUUACUGAGGUGUUCGUAUCAUAUAGUUAUGUUGUAUUUACUGUAAUUCCUGCUAGUUGCCUUUGGAAUUGCCGAAAGACCGAUUAAAUUUAGAAUAAUAGCAUUUACGAGAUAUACGUAAUACGCAUAAAUUAUGUGACGUCUCUAACCUUCUAAGUCCAUUUAGUUGUCAUUUGAAAUUUGUGCUGAAACUUCAUUAUGCCGUUGUUACAUUAUUUUAUAUUAAGUUGUAAAUAUUUAGAUGGAUUAUUUAUUUAGUAGAAAACUGUUACAUCUGGUUUAUACCUAGAUUGCAAUUAGAUUUUGGCGUGUUAUAAUGAUACUUUAGAUUUAGUGGCUAUUUAAUAUGUGGAUCUUGGAUUAAUAAAGUGUUGGAUUCUCAUCAAUGUGUCUGUAAAAAUGAUGAUGUCUGCAUAUAAAGUCCAAAGCGCGA